AUGAAUCCCGAAGCGACAGCCAUCAUCGAGGAAAAGCCGUCCUCCUCCAAUGAUGCAGCAACCCACAUCGAGCAUGCAUCUGCCGCAGACAGCCCACAGGAAACCUCCAUUGACAAUGUUGAUAUCGAAGGCGCUCAAGAGAGUUUCACAUGGGACCUUGACAUCUGGCUCAAUUUGACUGCCUUAUGGGGUUGUUACUUGACCUCAACCUACUCGCUUGCCAUCCCCAACUCUAGUAUCAGUUUCAUUUCUGCGGCCUUUCCCGAGGAAGCUGGCAUUUCUAUCUGGAUUGCCUCUUCUGUUACUAUCGCCAACUGCGUGAUUCAGGCAUUUCUUGGAGAUCUAUCAGACCAUUUUGGGCGCAAGUGGCCUCUGCUUCUUGGUAUGGCGCUGAUUUUCGCCGGCUCAAUGAUCGCCGGCCGUGCCGACAGCAUGGGAAUGGUCAUUGGUGGCCAAGUGCUUAACGGUAUUGGCCUUACCUGUGGCUUCCUGGCAAUCCCACUCUCUGCUGAGAUUGUGCCAAAAGACCAACGUGCCCGUGUACAAGCCCUCAGCGGUAUUUUUGCCGGUCUUGCGUAUAUUUCAGGGCCUAUAAUCGCUGGCGCCUUUAUUAAGUAUAAUGUCGGUGGCGAUGGAGAGGGCUGGAGGGCCCCUUUCUAUUUUCUUGCUGGACUUUCAGGCCUUACCUUUAUUCUUAUUGUGGUGUUUUAUCACCCAGCCCCUCGUCCUAAUCCCGAAAAUCUAUCUCCUAUGACCCGCUUCCUCAAGAUCGACUGGAUCGGGGUAUUCCUUGCUGCAGCAGGUCUAACCCUCUUUCUUGUGGGGAUAGAAUCUGGUGACAACCCGACCCCGUGGGUCUCUGGCCGGGUGCUUGCCUGUAUAAUUGUCGGAGGUGUUUGUAUGAUUGUGUUUUGUUUAUGGGAAUGGCUGGCGGUUAGUGACGGUAUCGUCGCCCAUAGCCUCUUCACAGACGCUAACUACCCCAUAUGCCUUGUGCUAAAUUUUGUCGGUGGAAUUGUCAUGUUUGGGGGUCAAGCAUUUCUCCCACAAGAAAUUACCGCGUUAUUCACUUCCGACGCUAUUAUGACCGGGGUAUGGAAUAUCCCCUUCAAUGCGAUGACUAUCGGGGGCGCUAUGGCGAGCGCUGUUGUCCUUGGUAUUACCAAGGAGGCGAAAAUGGACGCGUUUGUUAUGUUACUGGUCGGGACUUGUCUGAUGCUUGUCAUGAAACCGCAUAUCAACUAUGCUGCCUGGUUCUUCCCGACUGCUCUUCUGGGCACCGCUGUUGGGAUUAUGACCUCACUUCUGAUUAUUGUCGUGAGUAUCUGUACUCCAAAUCAUCUGAUCGCAUCAGCGGUCAGUGUGGCUGCGGCAGCGCGUGCUCUCGGUGGCAGUAUUGGCACCGUUAUCUUCAGCCAGAUCUUCGCCUCCAAGAUCAAAUCUUUCCUGCCAGAAGAGGUGGCGGACGAGGCACUCAAAGCAGGCCUCCCACAGAGUUCUCUACCCGCCUUCCUCCAGGCCCUCUCCACCAAACAAGAAUCGGCUCUGAUGGCGGUGCGCGGCGUCACUCCUACGAUCCUUGCGGCGGCAGAACGUGGAGUAGGCAAUGCUUACGCCCACGCGUUCAAAUUUGUUUGGUAUUCUCUGAUCCCCUUCUCUGUAGUGAGUCUCGGUCUGUCCUUCUGGCUGAGAUCCACAAGGCCCCAACUGACCCAACAAGUUGCGGCCCAAGUGGAACAUAAGCACAGGCACCACUCGUGA